AUGGCAAAAGAAAGAUUAAAUGCUGUAGAUGUAGCUGUAACAGUAUCAAAUUUGAAGAAGCUAAUAACAAACCUAACUUUAGUAAAUAUUUAUGACAUUACUAAUAGAGUUUUCAUACUCAAAUUCUCUAAAAAUGAGAAUAAAAUUUAUAUUCUUAUUGAAAUCGGAUGUAGAAUACAUUCCACUCAAUUCUUAAGAUCUGUAGAUCAUUUACCCUCAAAUUUUAAUGCUAAAUUGAGGAAACAUUUAAGAAAUCGUAGAUUGAGAGAUAUAUCACAGAUGUCACAGGAUAGAGUAAUAGAUUUUACAUUCAGUUCAGAAGAAUAUGCACAUCAUCUAAUAGUUCAGCUGUUUCUACCAGGAAAUAUUUACCUCACUGACAGUGAAUAUAAAGUACUCACAGUACUCAGACCACAAAAUACAGGUGAUAAAUUCUUCAAAGUCGGGACCAACUAUGUGUAUGAUAUGGAUUAUAAUUCAUGGUUUGAAGUUGUGAAGAAGCCAUUGGUUGAGGAGUUGAUUGUUGGUAGGAAGUUGACAGAGAUUAUAAAGAGUAUCUUCCCAUCAAUUCAUAACGCGUUUAUUUUAUCAGUACUCCAGUUUAAGCUGAAGAAUACGAGAGGAGAAAGUGUCGAUUCUAAGGAAUUGGACCGAGUGUACAACUUGGAUGAUUUGGAUACAGUAUAUCAAUAUGUAGAGUGUGUCCGAAUGUAUUUAUCAGAGUUGUUGAGUGGGAACAAGAUUCCAGGAUACCUAUACAAGAAUCCUAGAGGAGAGAUGGAGGACUUUGGACUAUUUGAGCAGGAGAAUUCAGAGUAUUUCGAGGACUUUAACGAUGCAGUGGACACUUUCUUUACAAAACAUGAGCUGGCAAAGCAGGAGAAAAAGAGUGUAGACAAAAGGCCAACAAAGAUUAAUAAAAUUAAAAUUGACCAAAAUAAGCGUGAAUUGAACCUUAUGGAAGAUAUUCAGAAAAUAGAUUCUAAGAUUAAGCUUUUAGAAGAACAUGUCGAUGUGGCUGAAAACUGUCUGAAUCUGACCAAAGCACUAAUUGCCUCUGGUGCUUCCUGGAAUGAUAUUUAUGAACAACUUCAAAUACAACGUAAACAAAAUCAUCCACUUGUACAUUAUAUUAAAGAAAUUCAUAUUCCAACACAAACACUCAUAUUCUAUUCCAAUCAAAAUCAAGAUCAACAUAAUGAACAGAAUAAACAGAAUCAAUUUCAACAAAAUAUUCAACAGAAGAAUGAAAAUAAACAGAAUAAAAAGAAUACAAGAGAUGAAGUAGUAGUAGAAUUAGAUUAUCGUUUAAAUAGUCAUCAGAAUUUGAAAAAAUUAUAUAAUGAAAGAAAGAGAUUGGAAAAUAAGUUGGAAAGGACUAGGAUAGGUAAAGAAUAUGCAUUAAAGAAGGUUACAAAAUCAUUAAAGAAGGAAGAGAAUAAAAAAACGGAUAAAAAAGGACGAGAUGUUAAAAUUAGUAGUGUUAGAAGGAGGUUCUGGUUUGAAAAGUUUUACUGGUUUAUUACUAGUCAAGGAUAUUUAGUACUUGCAGGUCGAGACGCUUUACAAAAUGAACUCUUGGUUAAAAAAUAUUUAACCAAUGGUGACUUAUAUUUUCAUGCUGAUAUUCAUGGAGCAUCAUCAGUUAUACUUAAAACAAAUUCCACAUCCAACAAUAAUACAUUUAAUCUAUCCAAUAGUACUAAUACAGCUACUACUAGUACUACUGGUACAACUACUACUAGUUUGGAUAAUGAAAAUUCUAAUGUUGAAGAUGUGAGUAAGAGAUUGAAAGAAUCAAUUGAUGAGGCUGGUAAUUUUGCAGUAUGUUUGAGUACGGCAUGGAAUGAAAAGUUUUCAGUACAGAGUUGGUGGGUAUAUUGGCAUCAGGUUUCGAAAACACCACCUACUGGUGAGUAUGUACCUCAAGGAUCCUUUGUAAUUCGUGGUAAAAAGAAUUAUCUACCACCUCAAAAGUUAGAAAUGGGUAUUACAUAUCUUUUCCAAGUACAACCAUUUCAUUCUCUUGAUGAACCAAUACAAGAUAAUGAAAAUGUGGAAGGUGAUGUUGUAGAAGGUGAUGAACCUGGAGAUCAUGAGUCGGAAGAUGAAGAAGAUGAUCAAGAACCUUUAGAAGGUGAGGAUACAGUAGUUAGUGAUGAUGAAGAUGAUGAGGAAGGUGACACUGAAGAGGAAGAUGGUGAAGGUGAAGAGGAAGAUACUGUAGAAGAUGAGGAUGAAGUUACAGUAAAUGAUGAUGAAGAAGACACUGAGGAUCCUGACAAUACUUUAGAAGGCGAAGAUGAAGAAGAUACUGAGGAUCCUGAUAAUACAUUAGAAGAUGAGGAUGCUGAUGAUACUUUAGAAACUGAUGAUCCUGAGGAAUUGGAUGUUCAAGAAGAUUCUGAAACAGAAGAUACCGUGGAAAAGAGUGUGAGAAUAGGUCAUGUUGAGAUGUUGGAAGAAUAUGAAGCUAAUAUUAAUAAGAGAACAAGAGGAAGAUUACCAACAGCACAUCCACUUAAAUUUAAGCUUCUAAAGUUGAAAAAUCAAUUACAAAAGUUAAAUCUAACUAAACAUUCAAGUAAAUCCAGUAAAUCAAGCUCGAAUCAACUUUCAACGAAAUCAUCCACAGAUCAUUCCACUGAACUUCCAACAAAAUCUUCUACAGAUCAGACAGAUCAACAAGAUGAAUUGAUUGAUUCAGUUGAUCCAAAUACUAAGUCAACGCUUAGAAAAUCAGUGAGAAUAUUGGAGCCUGAAAAAUUAGAACAUACUGAAGAAGCGGUACGCAAAAUUAGAAGUAGAAAACUCACAUGUCUUAAUCCAAAUUUAUCCAAAUUAAAUGAUUUCAUACCAUUCGAAACUCAAGAUUCAGAUGAUAAAAUUAACACAGAUACUGUAAAAUGUGAUGUCAAAUUGAAAAAUACCAACACCGAAUUGAAAAAUCCCAAAACUGAACCUAAAAAUAUGAAUACUGAAGUGAAAAAUGUUAAGGAAGAUAAGAAAAGAGGAUCGAAUAGAAUGAUGAGAUUUAUAAACCAGAAAGUGAAUAAAAUAAAGAAAAAAUACGGGCAAGAUGAUGAGGAGACACAGGAGUUGAGGAGAUUAUUAACAGGUUCAAAAAAGAUCCAACAAAAGAGUCAAAAGACACAAAUCACAACCACAUCAAUAACAAUUAACCAAACUGGUAAAUUCAGCCAUGGAAAUAGCGUAGUAAGUAGCCAGGGAGGAAAGUUUAAAGAAAUUGAAACAAUAAGUGACAAGGAACUGGAAUAUUACAUGAAACAACUCUCAUGCCUAACGAAAGAUUUGAAAGAGGAUGACGACGUAAUCAACGUAAUACCAAUGUGCGCACCCUAUUCUGCAAUUAAACAUUAUAAAAACGCACUCAAACUCGUACCAGGAAACUCGAAAAAAGGCACCAUCGCAACGCAGUCACUACAACACUUCAUUAAAAAUGACCCUGAACGAGCAAAUUAUCUCAAACUCAUCACGACAGAUCAACUCACACUGACUUUGAUCGGGAAUUGUAAAUUCACAAGUUCAAAAAUGUAA